AUGAAAUUAGAGGCGCUGUCUUGUAGUUCCAACUCAAGUGAAUCUUCCACAAGUGAUUUAAUUGAAUCGUUUCCACCAUUAGAAACAACAGUAUCUCCUAAAGAAAACAUAAACUCAUUAUAUUCCAAUAAUCAGUGGCACGACAAGAUUGAUUCAGCUUCAUCUACCUUGUCUAGCAGCAAUAGUGGUAAACUGAAAGAAAAAUUUACCGCAAAACUUGCUAUUGAAAGUGUUGGGGGAAUGACAGCAUCAAAUAAGGCGUCUGAAUUAAACAGCGCUUACGUUAGGGGACGCCCUUCUGCUUGUGUUUUUGUCGCUAGUUUAUGUUCCAAUAUGUCUGACGACGCACUAUGUGUUUCAGUGACUGAUCAUUUUAAACAAUGGGGCACAUUAGCCACAGUCAAGGUUUUGCGUGACACUUGUAACCGCCCUUAUGCUUUUGUUCAAUAUACCACUGAUAGCGAUUCCAAAUUAGCUAUUGAGAAAGGUCACAACUCAGUAUUGGACGGAAGAAAUAUUCGGUGCGAGGCGGCUAAAGUUAAUCGCACAUUAUUCGUGUCAUCGAAAUCGUUUCUUAGCAAAAGUAUCAUUAGGGAUCGGUUGUCAAAUUUUGGUGAGAUCGAGGAGUUGCUCCCUAGUACAUCUAAGGGGGAGCUAUACAAUUCUGGUGUUGAUACUAGAGGUUAUAAGAAUUGGUUUUGUAAGUUUACUUAUCGUGAUGAUGCCAUUAGAGCUUACGCAAAUUUGACAGAAGAAGGUAUCUACAAGGUUGACUGGACACAGAAUAUUGACAAAUCCAAUGCACCACGGAAUGUUAAUGAGCCUGAACAAGAAUCUUUAAAGGUCAAAUUUGACAAGUAUUCUAUAUUUGUUGGUCAAUUGAGUCCAGAAGUAUCUGAGGAUCAACUUUCACAAAGAUUUGAAAGGCAUGGUGAAAUUCUUGACUUGAAUUUAAUUAAAAGAACGAAUAACACGUUUGCGUUCAUCAAGUUUAAAAGAGAGUCAAGUGCUGCUGGUGCUGUUGAAAGAGAAAACCAUUCUAUGUUUUGUGGUAAAACAAUGCAUGUGCAGUAUCGUGAAACUCAUAUCCAUGCUCCAAUACGUACUCGAAGCAAUUACAAUAAUGGUAUCCCAUUAGCUCCACCUCCAAUUAAUUUGAAUAAGAAAUCAUUUCAAAAAAAUGACUACGUCAAAUCUAAGGGUAUGAUUGAAAUGUCCAAACCAAAAUUCAACUCUUAUCCCUCGAAUAGCUUCAACAAAGGGUUUAAUAAAUUGAAGCAAUUCAAGAGUUUUAGACCAGGUAGUUAUGAAAAGAAAUUUGGCAAUACCAAAACUGAAAGUACUUGGCAUGCAUCACAAUUGAAUCUCAAAAGUGAAGUUUCAGAGUCGAGUCAGGUUGAAAAGAAGGCCAGCGGGGAUAUUCGUGUUCCAAGUGCUCCAAAUGAAAGCAGGGGAAGUGGUGCAAGUUCAAGAAAUAAUAGCAGUACUAGUUUCCCACCACCACCACCUACCACUACCACACCUGGGUUCCCAUUAUUUUAUUAUGUUCCUGCUGAUAAUGUUAAUUUUGCUAAUUCCUCUUCGGCAAAUCCACCUCCAUUUUAUAAUGUUUAUCCACAGUAUUAUCCUGCAACUGCUGCUGCUGCUGCCGCCGCCGUAGCCGCCGCCGCCGCUGCUGCAUCUGCAACAGGUGGUGCUAAUGGAAAUUUGCAAUAUGAUACACCAGGUUGUCCACCUUCUGGUGUAGCGAACGUAGUUGCUGGGAGUCCUGAAUUUUCUCUGAUUGCUUCACACCCUUCAUAUGGAGGAAUUGCUAAUUAUAUGUAUUAUCCAAAUGAACCAGAAAUGAAUAUAAAUGAUAAAAAAGUUUAA